AGACAUUGAUGACGUAGCAAUUACACCACGACCGACUCAUUUUACUAUUUUAAGUCAGCGGGCCUUGGUGGUGUUUACAUCUUCGAACACAAGACGCCAAAGAACCAUCAUGACUGCUUCGGCAACAACUCAAGUUUUAACGAGGCGUGCUGGACCACAUGUCGUCUCUCACUCCUUGUCGAGCUCUUUAUGUCGAAGUGGGUGCGCUCCUUCAAGUUCAUGUCCAACCUCGACUUGGGCCAGAACAGCAGGAACGCUUCGCGUUGGAAGGGCACAGCUUUGCAUGAGUUCGACUACGCGCAUUUCCUGUGCCCCCAAAAAUAGAUUAUCACGCACGCGCACCUUUUCCGCUGCUUCGUCCGCAACAACAUCUUCUAGCUGUGCUCGUUCAUCAAGAAAUGAGCUGCGUGGCCAUCUUGACGAGCAUACUAAAUUUGAAAGACACGACGGCGCUCCUGAUUUUUCCCUCCAAGUAGAAGAUCCAGAUGACCAGCAAAGUUGCCCACGUCAUAUCGAUGAUUCACAGACAACGAGGACGACCGAUCCAGCAGUCCAAGAAGAAGGACAAGCACAAUUUUCAUCAACAACUACUGGCCAAGAAACCCAUUCAACAAGUUCAUCAAGUCGUCCAACGUCCAGGCAGUCCUCACGGAUCGCGCGAAAUGGGCAUCCGCCUUUCUACGUGAAGAGAACGGCGAGUGGAAACCUGCCUAUCUACGUUUUCCGAAGGAACAACAAAUCUCUGGCACUGACGGUGAUACGGAAAAUUCGUGGCGAUAUUGAGGAACUUUAUGCGAAGAAGUUCUUGUCUUUAUACUAAAAGAGUCUAGAAUUGAUUGCAAGGAAACUGAUGAACGGGCAAGACUAUUGCUGCGCUUGAGUCUAACAGUUGCGGAAGUUUUAUCAUCAUCCAGGGUUUUGCUUUUGGCCAGUAGUCAACAUAGUGAAAAUUCUCUAAUAUCUGAAAAAUCAGCUCAAAGUGGUUUGCCGUGGCGCACGGGUAUCGGUCUCUGAGAACCAAGGUUUGGAGAUACACGGGGACUACAGGAAUGUCGUCAAAAGUUAUUUGGAGGGAUGUGGGUGUUGAAGUUUGUGGUCGAUGUAGUAGGCCAAAUCGGAUGAUACAUUGAUAGUUAGCGAUGAUGAAUCUACUUCUUAGAUGUUCACCUGCACGAGCACGCUUGCAGCUUGUUGUAGACGGAAAUCUUCGUAC